AUGGCGCUCAAGCUGCGUGAUAGCUGUGACGCCUGUGCCGCGUCAAAGGUGAAAUGUCACAAGCAGAAGCCAACAUGCUCGCGCUGCCAGAGGCGUGGUACGCCCUGCCAUUACCUAGCCACCAAACGCGCUGGCCGUCGCCCCGACUCGGCUGCUUUUUCUCCCCUUGCUGCAUCGAUGCUACAUUGGGAACAUUUCGACUUCGAUCCAUCGUUUACCACAAGAACUACAACGCCGUCCACACACUCAACUGACAACAACACCUUCCUGCAUCAAUUGCUCACCCCGACCCCUCUCUUCCCUGGAGCCACUUCUAGUCAACCUGCUUACGGCUGGACUUCUGUGGCACCCAACGACGAUCUUGUCAUGGCCCAACCCAUGUUUACCGCAACUAGGUCUUGUACAUCGUCAAACUCUCCGGAACUCGGGCCUUGCGCCGCAUCACCCAUAAAUCUGGCCACGGACCUAGAUAACGACCUGCCAUCAUCCGUGAGCUUCUGGGCCCCAACAGUCCGUGGAACCUCCACUGUUGACACGCCUCCUUCACUCGAACCAGGCGCCGAGUCAGAAUUCCUUGCUUCAAACUUCACCACACCAGCGCUCGACACAUGCCUCACGCGAGCCACAAAAAUCAUGCAACAACAAUUCUACCAAUCUGCUUUACGACCCUCAAAUAUCUCUUGCAAACUCCUCAUACAAGAUGGAGUGGCCAAUGUAGCUGGGCCAGCCCCAGACAUAAUUAUUGAAGCAAACAAGCAGUACAUUAACCAAGUUGAUACCAUGCUGGAGUGCCAGUGCUCAAAAGACGGCUAUCUUCUCACAAUAAUCUCGCUCAUUGUCUUCAAGAUUCUAGACUCUUACGGCACAGCCGCAAGUGAGCCUGAAGUUCAAAAAGCCAGGGACGAUUCGGCAGAAGAACAUGCACAGCGUAUAGCUGCACAGCGGGUCAUGGGUGAGCUUCACCGCGUACAGCGCCUAGUGAACCAGCUAGCAAUUCACACUAAACGCCACAUAGCUACGGAAUCUCCAGAAAUGACUCCAGGAGCAUUUCCAUCGUGUGAGCAGAAAGCAGAGGGCGAAGUAUCUUCUCCCUUCUCUACGGUAAAUCUGUGCCAAAUAGAGAUGAACAUGAAAAAGCGGCUUAGAAGCCUUUCUCUGGAACUGGCAGUACAUCUUAGAAAGGUCUAA